AGUGUUCAACUCUGGUGAUUCAUGAAUGAUAGGGGGAUGGGCAUAGCAACAACACCUAGCAUUGUAUAUAUCUGCGCGAAGAAAUAUUUUACACCGCUUCUGUCUGUUUCAUACAAAGGUCGGUGAAGAACUGUUGAACACUUUUAACAACCAUGCCAGAUCAUUGCACGAAAUGUGGAAACGCUAUCCACGAUACCACGGUCACGUUCGAAAAGAAACCGUAUCAUCCCGAAUGCUUUAUUUGCCAUCAAUGCAGAAAACAGUUAUCAGGAGAUGAAAUCUACCAACAUGAGGGAAACAACUACGAUGCUGAAUGCUACUCCAAGUUUCAUGCUAGAAUCUGUGGAAAGUGUGAACAAACCCUAGCUGAUCCGAACAUCACUUAUGUGACGUACGGUGGUCAAACAUUCCAUCCAGAUUGUUUUACAUGUCAAUCUUGCAAUAAAACACUAGCCGGUAAAUCCAUCUACAAACAUGAAGGGCACAACUACGAUCAGGAAUGCUAUUCAACAUUUCAUGCAAAAAAAUGUGCUGUCUGCUAUCAAGCGUUGGUGGAUCCAAAAAUCAAGUACGUCACGUAUGAUGGAAAAACAUAUCAUCCUGAUUGCUUUGUCUGCCACAAAUGCAAGAAAACAUUGUCCGGAAAGCAGUUCUACUUGGUAGAUGACACCAAAGUGUGCGAAGAUUGUCAUUGAAGUAUUUCUUAUCAAACAGAUCAACUACUUUUUAAUCAUAUAUACAUAUUUUUUAAUCGAGAAUGCAUUGUGACGUCUUGUGGAUGUUUGUCACAUCACAACAUGUUCAUGUGAUAAUAUUUGAAGAACUCAAUUAAUAUAUAGUUAGUAAAGAUAUACAUGUUUUAAGUGAUUAUACGUUCUUAAAUAAGUAUAGACUAUUUAUAACCUCUUUCCCGGACUCUAGUGUGUUAACCAACAGCUACGGCUGCCUCGUAAUGGCGCUUUAGGGAAAGAGAACGGGAAACGAGGUUGCGCUGUAGUCAUUAAUAAGUAUUUAUUAUUCGCCAAAUACGGUUAGUAUGCAAUUAUAGCUACUAUGAGAACUGGGCAUGAGUUUGCUUAAAUUGUUUAAUAUAUAUAUAAAUAUAACAAGUUAAAUAAUAUUUGGAUGCUCCAAUCACACGGUUUGAUUAUGUUGUAAUUUUCUUAAUUUUAAAGAUAAUAAAAAUUUGUCAAUGUA